UCCCUGUUUAUAUGUUUAUUCGUCCUGUUUGAAUACAGGUUUGGGGGGUUCUGCGAGGAGGAGGAGGGGAGUCCAUGGGAGUCAGGGCUGGUUGGAGACCAGCGGGCCCCUCUCCCAGGGCAUCCCACCCGACAGGUGUAAGGAAACUGUAUUUGGGACCGGUCCUAAAAAGGUCCUGCCUGUCCGUGUGCGUAGCCACCGUGGGCUUCCUGCUCCUCCUGGCCACCUGUGUGACGCACCUGCCGGACCAAGCCGCCCCCGAGUCACCACUGCCCGAGGUGACCCUCCUGAUCUGGACGCCUCCGUUCGGGGAGUACAGAGCGCUUCCGGACUGCCUGGAGCUUUAUCAGAUCCGUGGCUGUACGCUCACAGACGACCCACGGGCGUACCCCCAGGUGGACGCCGUGAUCAUCCACCACCGGGAGAUCGCCACCGGCGAGGCGGAACUCCCGCCGGAACCGCGGCCCAGCGCGCAGAAGUGGAUAUGGAUGAACUACGAGUCCCCCACGCACACGUCCGGGCUGUGGUUUCUGGACGGCGUGUUCAACCUGACCAUGAGCUACAGGACAGACUCGGAUAUUUUCCUGCCUUAUGGGUAUCUGGUCCCCCGGGGGCGCACGGACACCGUGGGUCCCGAAAGCGCUUUUACGCACCAGCUCUCCCACUCCAGACGACCCCGUAAAGGCUUCGUGGCCUGGGUCGUCAGCAACUGGUCGGCGACCCACGCCCGAGUGGGCUUCUACCAGCAGCUCCGCGGGUUCGUCCGAGUGGACGUGUUCGGGCGCGUCGGGCGGCCGCUGGAGCGGGGCGACGGCAGCGUGGUGCGGCUACUGCGGCGCUACAAGUUCUACCUGGCGCUGGAGAACUCGCAGCACACCGACUACAUCACGGAGAAGGUGUGGAACGCGGUGCUGGCCGGGGCGGUGCCGGUGGUGCUGGGGCCGUCCAGGCAGAACUACGAGCGCUUCCUGCCCGCGGAGGCGUUCAUCCACGUAGAGGACUUCCCCACGGUGAAGGAGCUGGCCCGCUACCUGCUGAAGCUGAGGGACGAGCCGGCCCGCAUGAGGCGGCACCUGGACUGGAGGAGGAGCUACGUCCUGCACCAGCCUCGGUUCUGGGGGGAGCACUACUGCACGGCCUGCAGGGCGGUGAGGAGGACCAGAGGACUGAGUCGGACAGUGACGCACCUGAGGAGGUGGUUUCGCUCGUAAUUUAAACUACCCUGAUAAAUAGAUGGAUU